AUGGAUCACCAUUACGGGAAUCAAAUGCAUAUGGCGGCUUUGUCGAUGCAAUCACAUCAGCAGCAAAGCGGUCAGCAACAUUACCAUCACCAAGGCGGCCAGUAUCAACAAUUUUAUCAGGACUACGCCGACGUUUGCUACCAAUCACCCGCUUAUCACGAUGCUGGAUUUUCCGGUGACCAAUACGGAUAUCACCCGACAGCAUCUGUCCCUUACGGCACUGGUAUUGAAAGUUAUUUGGAUCCAAAAUAUGCUGCAAAUCCAGCGGCGUUUGCAUCAAGAUUGCCGUAUUUACCUUUUCAUGCAGCCGCAGUGGCAGCGUAUGGUAUGUACGAUUACAGUUUUGAGCCUGCAUUUAUCAGGAAAAGAAAUGAACGGGAAAGACAAAGAGUGAAAUGUGUCAACGAAGGAUAUGCACGAUUGCGGGAACAUUUGCCAGAAGAAUAUGCGGAAAAGAGAUUAAGCAAAGUUGAAACAUUGCGCGGGGCAAUCGUGUACAUCAAGCAGUUACAAUCCAUACUUGGAUUCGAUCCCGAAAAGAGAGGAAAUGGUAAAAAGAAUGAUAAAGAAAAGGCAGAAGAACAGGAAAAGAAAACAAACGAAAUAGAACAAAAAUCCACUGAACAGUCAUCUGGAACAGACACUCAAAAACAAAAUGAAGGCCGUAUUGAUAGCAACGAUAAUUCCCAUUCAACACAAAACGCAAGUAAUAAUAUUUUACGAUCCUGCGCGUUUAGAGAACAUAAUACAGCGAGAAAUGAUAUCAAAAUGGAGUCUGCUCUUUCUACACAGAAUGGUGAUCUGGAACAUAAUUAUGAAAAUGAAGAAUCGUUACUACCCUCAUGUGCGGCCACAAGAUUUCAAUCCUGUAUGAAAGCCCAGACGAACGAGACACCAAUUAAAGUUUCAAGUAGGCCUAGCUCGACUGAUGUUUCACAAUUUUCACCGCGAAGUAAUAUUGUUUCUCCUUUUGAUUGUCAAAUCGAGGAAGAGAGAAGAAAAUUUUUUAUCGAACGGAGUUCUUGUUAUGAUCACCGAAAUGAUUUAUCAUCCUCACCAAAUUCUGACAUAAAUGCGAAUAUUAUUUCUUGGAAUCAAACAAUGUCAAAACAAAAUUCUAUGUUCAAUUACGCAGACGAAUAUACAAAUAAAUCUUAUUCUCGUCGAAUUCCAAAUAACGGUAACAAUGAUACAGAAACGUUUAGUGCUAUGUUUCGUAAUUCAAGACAACACCCGUAUAUUAAAUUUGCUUCGAUGAAGGAUACUAAUACUAAACGAUGGGAUAACGGUGUUAGAGUUAAAAAAGAAACACACACACCUCCUCCGUAUGUUCAAUAUGAUCUUCAAAACCAGCGAGAGAAUUUGGUUUAUCCGCCAUAUCGUUACAAUUACUCAGCAUCGUUUCAUAAUAACGCUAUAAACAUGUCUCAACCCGGGAGAGGAGGCCAAUCAGAUGGAUUCAAGUCAGAUACAAGUCCAGAGUCAUCAUCAGGUCAAUCUUCCUAA